AUGUCAAAGUAUAAAAGUCAAAAUAUUAUAAAAAAAUUCACGGUUAACAACUCUAUAGAAGCGCCAGUUAAACACAAAAAACGUAAGCUACCAAAAGCGGAUAAAGGGAAUCCUAAGAAUAAAAAACAUAAAAAAGAGGACUUUAUAGACGUAAAUGACCUUGAUUGGUCUGAGGUUUUAUGUCCAGACUCUGUGUUUCUAGGUGGUGAUGAAGAUUUGGGUGGUUUUCUAUGUUUGGAGGAAAUCAAUAAUGUUGAUGUUGAAUAUGAAAAAACCGCUACUAAAGGGUGCACGAUUAAAUUUACGAAAGUUGCAUCUAAUAAACCGAUUACAAAGAAAAAAAAUCCACCUGCAAGGCCUCACGAACCAUUGCCUAUAGAAGAAUUAUCAAAGUAUCAUGAUUUGGAUACAUUUAAUGAACAAUCCUUUUUAAAGAGUCAACAAUCACACCUUGACGUGGCACCUGUUUCUCAUUCAGAUGAAAAUUUGGUUUCAGAGCAAGAUGAGGAAGAUGGUUCGAAUAUUCAACUCGGAAAUGAAAAUAUUGAUGUCUCUGCCUGGGGAGUGUUUAACCUUUCUUCAACUAUAACGGACGGAUUAAAGGCUCUCAAGUUUGAAAAGCCAACACCAAUUCAAGAAAAGACUCUUCAUUCAAGCUUGAACGGACGAGAUGUCAUUGGCAAGGCAGAAACAGGAUCGGGAAAAACACUUGCAUUUGGAAUUCCAAUAUUGGAGUAUAUAAUCAAGCAAAAAAAAGAGAAUUCUGAAAACCAAUUGGUUGCUCUUAUCCUGACACCAACAAGAGAAUUGGCUAUGCAAAUUAAAAAUCAUCUUCAAAAUGUUGGAAAAUUCUCUACAAAUAAUAUUAUGACAAUUGUUGGAGGUAUGGCGAUUCAAAAACAAAAGAGGUUACUUGAAAGGAAUCCUAACAUAAUUGUUGGUACUCCGGGACGAUUAUGGGAACUUCUUUCCGAGAAUGAGGAAUUUAUAAAUACACUUCGCCAUAUCCGAUUUUUGGUCCUUGAUGAAGCAGAUAGGAUGUUAGAAGCUGGGCAUUUUAAAGAACUGAAUUAUAUACUUUCGAUAUUAUCAAGGAGUAAACAAGAACGAAAUGAUGAUAACAAAAUAAUGCUAGAUGCUAAGAGAGAUAUUCCCGCAAGGCAAACAUUUAUAUUCUCAGCUACUUUAGAUAACAAUUUUAAAAGCAAUCCAAAACGAAAAAAACCACUUAAUGGGAUUUUGAAUUCUCAAGGAACAAUUGCUGAACUGAUGAAUAGGAUAGAAUUUAGAGAUUCUAACCCAUUAUAUGUUGAUAUUGCUCCAAAAGGUUCUGUCGUAGAAACUCUGCAAGAAUCUAAAAUUGAUUGUUUAGCUAGAGAGAAGGAUUUAUACAUGUAUUAUUUCAUUACACGGUAUCCCGGUAGAACUCUUGUGUUUGUGAAUAGUAUUGAUGCGAUUCGUAGAUUGGUCCCGAUAAUGAGAUUACUUAAUAUAGAAGUUUUCGCUCUUCAUGCUCAGAUGCAGCAAAGACAAAGGUUAAAAAAUUUGGAUCGGUUCAAGCAAAAUUCGAACGCGAUUAUGGUCGCUAGUGACGUGGCGGCUCGAGGACUGGAUAUUCCACUCGUUGAUCAUGUGAUACAUUAUCAGUUGCCACGUUCUGGAGAUAUAUAUAUCCAUCGAAGUGGCCGUACAGCACGUGCGCGUAAUGAAGGUAUCAGUUUGAUGUUAUGCAGUCCAGAAGAGUCAGUUUUGUACCGAAAAAUUUGCCAAGAAUUGAAGAAGGUCAAUGGGAUAGCCAAUUUUCCAACCGAUGGUGGAGUGAUCAAUUCCAUGAAGCAGCGUAUUGAUUUAGCAAGACAAAUAGAUCAAGAAGAACACAAGUUGCAAAAGGGCAACCAUGAUGAUGAAUGGUUUAAGAAAGUUGCGGAAGAUCUUGAGGUGGACUUGGACGAUGAUCUUCUUUUCAAUAAAAAAGAGAUUAAUAAAGGGAGACAGAAUAAUGACCCUGUUAAACAUAAAAUUCAAUCAUUAAAACUUCAGCUGAAAAGGUUAUUAUCUCAACCAUUAGUUCCACGUGGUGUAUCUACUAAAUAUUUAACAAGUGGUAUUGUACGUGAUUUAGCUGAUAGAUUGUUAGAUGGUUCAUCGUGUAAUUCUAAAAUUUUGGGGAUACAAAAAUCCAAGGCAACUGAAGAUUUAAAGGAAUUACCGUCGAAGGAAUCCGCUCUUUUCAAACAAAUUCUCGCAAAAACGUUAGCUAUGAAAGGCUUAUUUCUUAACCAUAUGGAUAAGAAAGAAGAUGCUCGAGAAUUCGUACGAAAGGGCCUCCGAUCUGAUUUGAAAAGCCAUAUUUGUUGGCAUGUAUAUGGAUUGCUACAUCGAUCCGAUAAGAAUUAUGGCGAAGCGUUGAAAUGUUAUACCCAAGCUUUAAAAAUCGAUAAGGAUAAUAUGCAAAUCCUUCAAGAUUAUUCUCUGCUUCAAAUCCAAAUGCGAAAUUAUGAAGCUUUUAAUGAAUCACGCCAUCACCUUCUACAGUUGAGGCCAAAUAAUCAAAGAUAUUGGUUAGGACUUGCAAUAUCUUAUCAUCUAUUGGAAAAUUACGAAACUGCUGAAAGAGUUUUGAAAAUUUAUGAAGGAACUCUUAAACCUGGUCAAACAAAUUACGAGCAUAGUGAAAUGCUGCUAUACCAUAAUCUUAUUAUAGAUGAAAGUGGUAAUACUGAAGCGGCUUUAGAACAUUUAGAAUCUAUCAAAGACAACGUUUGUGAUCGUCGGAUUUGGAAAGAAAAAAGAGCCCAGUUUUUAUUGAAACUUAACAGACUUCAAGAAGCAGAGGCAGCCUACGAAGAAUUAAUUAAUGAUAAUCCUGAUUGUUACGGUUAUUGUGAAGGAUUACAAAUAGCUAAAGGGAUUAAUACUAACGACUUGACACCUGAGUGUGAAGAAAAAAUCAUCGAUUUGUAUAAAGAUCUAGCCCAAAAAUAUCCAAAGUCGAACGCGAUAAAACUAUUUCCUCUAUUAUAUACAACUGGCGAUAAUUUUAAGAUGUUUGUAGAUGAAUAUACACAAGCUGCACUUCGUAAAGGAGUCCCGUCCUUAUUUGUCAAUCUCAAAAAGCUUUAUGGCGAUCCUCAAAAAGAAGCUAUUAUCGAGCAAUUAGUUGAAGGAUACCGCGAAUGCCUGAAGAAUAAUAGUACCUUCACUCAACCUAAAAAUGAUGAUUAUGUGAAGGAACCACCUACUGCUUAUCUAUGGACCCUUUACUUGCUUUCCCAGCAUUAUGACAAUAAACGUGACACAACGAAGGCCCUUAUGUUGAUUGACGAAGCAAUCGAACACACUCCUACCUUGGUUGAAUUAUAUAUGACAAAGGGCCGUAUUCUAAAGCAUGGUGGAAACCUUAACGAAGCCAUGAAAGUGAUGAAUGAAGCCCGUGAAUUAGACCUUCAGGACAGAUUCAUUAAUUCGAAAUGUUCAAAGUAUAUGCUCAGAAAUGAUCAAACUGAAGAAGCAGAACAAACAAUCGGGUUAUUUACUAGGGGUGAUGCUCCCGAUCCAUUAACAGAUCUUGCGGAUAUGCAAUGUAUGUGGUUUGUCCUUGAAGAAGGUGAAAGCUAUAUAAGGCAAAAAAAAUGGGGAAAGGCUCUAAAACGGUUUCACCAAAUCGAAAAGCAUUUUUCUGAUAUAACGGAUGAUCAAUUCGAUUUUCAUACUUAUUGCUUACGUAAAGUCACUAUCCGGGCAUACUUGAGGCAUAUAUCAACAAAUAAACAAUCUGUCAAUAAAAUCUAUAUCGAAUUAUACGACAAUCCAAAUAAGGUCACUAUUAUUGAAGAAAAUGAAGACUACGCAAAUAUGACUGAGGGUGAGAAGAAGAAACUAAGAAGCAAGGCUAACAAAGCUGCUCAUAAAAAGCAAAAGGAAGAUGAAGAAAGAAAAGCAAAGGAAGAUGUAAAAAAAAAAGUUGAUAAACCUCAGGACGAUGAUCCGGAUGGUGAAAAGCUUCUUAAGACUGAAGAUCCUUUGGGUGAAGCAUUUAAAUUCUUACUUCCAUUGCAAGAACUGUCGCCAAAAAGGAUAGAAACACAUUUACUAGGAUUCGAGAUCUAUCUACGAAAAAAGAAGUAUCUUCUUGCUCUUAGAGCUCUUUUACGCGCUUACAAUAUAGAUAAAGAAAAUGCUACAUUGCAUAAUGAUAUAAUACGAUUCCAUUUAGCGGGUAAUAAUCAUCACUAUUUGCAACUUUGA